CUGUGCCUUCUGGCGCUGAAACAUUGCAGCCUCAUCCGUGAACAGGGCUCUGAGAUACGAAGAUGGGGAAGCAGAACAGCAAGCUGCGCCCUGAGAUGCUGCAGGAUCUGCGAGAGAACACAGAAUUUUCCGAUCAUGAGUUGCAAGAGUGGUAUAAAGGCUUCUUGAAGGACUGUCCAUCCGGCAUUCUAAAUGUGGAGGAGUUUAAAAAGAUCUAUGCCAACUUCUUCCCAUAUGGAGAUGCUUCCAAGUUUGCAGAGCACGUCUUCCGCACCUUCGACAGCAAUGGGGAUGGAACCAUCGAUUUCCGGGAGUUUAUUAUCGCCUUAAGUGUUACAUCUCGGGGAAAGCUGGAGCAGAAACUGAAGUGGGCGUUCAGUAUGUAUGACCUGGAUGGCAAUGGCUAUAUCAGUCGAGAGGAAAUGCUGGAGAUUGUGCAGGCAAUAUAUAAGAUGGUUUCCUCAGUAAUGAAGAUGCCAGAAGAUGAGUCUACUCCAGAGAAACGCACAGAGAAAAUCUUCCGACAGAUGGACACAAAUAACGAUGGCAAGCUCUCUCUAGAGGAAUUUAUUAAAGGUGCCAAGAGUGAUCCAUCCAUUGUGCGUUUAUUGCAGUGUGACCCUAGUACAGCUUCUCAAUUUUAACACAUCAUCAUGAGAAAAAUGUAACUGCUUCCUGCAAAUGCGCCAAGGAGUGACCCCCCUCUCUCUGCACAGCUGAUUGUCCCAGAGUUCUCCUGGGCAAUAGAUGGACAUGAAUGCACUGCCAACCUGUGAAUCCUUUUCCCUUUAUUUAUUUCUUUAAAUCUAAUUUUAUAUAUGCUGUUAAGUAACAAAGGGUGCAUGGGGCAAAUGAGCACUCAGGAAUUGGGAAAUCUCAAAGCUAAUGAACCGGAACACUCAGUAACUGUAGUUAAAAGAAAAAAUAAAUAAACUAUAUAUAUAUAUAUAUAUAUAUAUAUAUACGCUGCCAUUCAGAAGGAGGUGAAAGGCAGCAUCCUUUUUGGCCCCAGCUCAGUGGAGCAGGUGGCAGUUUAACUGAGACCUAGUUUGGUAGCACUAAUGCAGGGAACAACUAUGCACAUUCCAUUUAGCAUAUCCAUUAGGGACAUCAUUAAAAGGUUUUCUUAGCAUAAAAUAUCUAGUUUUGCACUGUUUUCAAUCAAUUCAGCCUUUCCCAUUCCAAAGAGAGAAGUGUUUUGAAUGGAGGCUAUAUGAGAAAUAUUCUGAUCUUCCCUCAUCCCACUAAUUACAGCACAAGCUGUUAAUGCUCAAUUAGAAGAAGAUAAAGCUGCCUGGGAAUUUAGUGUGCAGUUAACCCUCCACUUCCAGGAGCCUGAGCAAUGAUUUGCAUGUUAUUUUAUAUAUAUAUAUAUAUAUAUAUAUAUAUAUAUAUAUAUAUAUAUAAUUUAGUUGUAUUGUGCUAACAGGGACUUGUAUUCUGUACAAUAAAUUAAUAACUUUAGCCCCCUACUCCCAACAAUACAGGCUUUAGAAUAUGAAAUCUCAGGAAGUGAUAUGGUCAAUUUUGCCAGAUUAGACUAAUCUUUUUCUGAAGAAUAUCUCUUUGGUAUAGACUGUUCUAUUUCCAUAUACAAUUAGGCACAUGGGCAAAUACAUAGUACACGUUUAUAAAGACCAUAUAUACAGGUAUACAAUUUAUCAGGAUGGACAAAUGCCAUUGCUCUGAGUACACAAAGUUGCAUUCUGUGUACUCCCCCUUCUGUAAUUUUUGGGACAUCAUGAGAGACACAGCACAAACAAAUACAUGUACAUUACGUUUUGUGUUUAUAAGUUAUUCAUCACUGUAAAUUUUCAUUUGGCAUGUACAUCUGCCUGAAUGAAAUUCUGUAUUUGGCAAAUACAGUGAUGCAGUUCUAAUUUCAAGGUCUGUGUAGUAAUUGGUAGCAUGGUUUAAUUUGUCUGCAUGGGUGUCAGAUUGGCCUCUAGCACUGCCAAUACUUUUUAGGGGACUAAUAUGCUGUACAAUGUCUGUGCAAACUACUAUACUGGACAUAGCCUAUAUGAGUGGAAGAGUUGUGGUACAGAUCAGACACACCAGUAGGGUUUGGAGGUGUUAUCAUCAAAUACUCUGUAUGUAUUGACAGCCUGUACUGAAUGUUCUUCUGUAUUAUGCUACUCUGUAAUAUAUAUUGCAGUAUAACCCCUUGAAACAAUCAGAGCACAGUGAAUUUAGCACUACGCUAUAUGAUUUUCUAACAGAAAUAAAGUCUUAUAA